UCUCAUAUGGUAGGGGAAAAUGCUUAGCUUGUGAUACAUAAAAGCGUGUGAACGUUUUUCUUCAUAAGUAAUCACUAGCUAGUAGUCGUUAAUUAUUCCCAUUUUCCGCAUGAAUAAUUAUCAAUAAUUCAUAAAUAAUUGUAACAUAAAGAACGAAUUUAUAAGUUCUCUUUCAUCCAUACAGCUAAAAAGAGGUUACAAGAAGUUGAUUUAGCUUGUUGCUAUUUCCCGCGAAUUUCUAUAACUAAGUCUAACAUGUUUUGUCUUCAAAAUGUAUUAACAAAACAUAUUUAAGAAAUUUAUAAUCUUUUCUUUCAUAUAAAGUGUAUAUUAGUUUUGAUAUUUGUACAAUGGCUGGUACAUACACACAAAGGGAAUUUGAAGCAGGAGUUGAAGAACAAACUCUCCUAAAAAAUGCCAAUUCAACAAAAAUUGUUGUACGAGAACCAGUUAGAUUGUCACCGGGUUGGGAAGGAACAGAUAAACCUGACGACGAAUUAAAUUUUAAAGAAUUAACAAUGGAUCAAGUGAAUCUUGAAUUAAAUCCUCCCAAAGAUAGACUGAAUUUGGUAUUCUUUAUCAUGUUGCUUCAUGGUAUUGGAGCUUUAAUGCCAUGGAAUAUGUUCAUUACAGCUAAGAAUUACUUUGCUAACUAUAAAUUUUCAAGUAAUUACACAGGAAUUGAAACAAGUUAUGGAGCAAAUUAUGUAUCGAGCGUUAGUUUUGCCGCUCAGAUACCUAAUCUUAUCUUUAAUUGGUUAAAUAUUUUUAUGACAUUAGGAGGUGAAUUAACGACGCGAAUAGUAUGGGGAAUUUUCAUGCAAGUUUUAAUAUUUGUGGAGACUGUAAUUUUAGCUAUGAUAGAUACGUCAGCAUGGCCAGGAAUUUUUUUCUGGAUUACAAUGAUCUCUGUUGUAAUAUUAAACACUUCGAAUGGUAUUUAUCAAAAUUCAGUUUUCGGUAUGGCUGCAAAAUUACCAGAAAAAUAUACCGGAGCUGUUAUAUUAGGAUCAAAUAUUAGUGGAACGUUUACAGCUGUUAUAAAUCUUUUAGCUGAUUUAAUUACCCCAGAAGAACGCAGAGCAGCUAUUUAUUAUUUUAUAACCGCUCUCUUUGUACUACUAGCUUGUUUCGAUACAUAUUUUGCACUACCAAUAAAUAGGUUUUAUCGAUAUCACGAAUAUUUACACAAUAAAGAAAAACGAAAAAAUGAUUCAGAUGUAAAAUCUAAAACACGAGGAACUCCGCCCUAUUGGAAAAUCUUUAAACAAUGUUCUCCACAAUUGUUCAAUAUAUUUUUCAUAUUCUUCGUUACUCUAAGUCUCUUUCCAUCUGUCCAGUCUGACAUUAAAUCAUCAGAUCCAUCAUUUAUUGAAACGAUUUAUACUGGGAAAGAGACAGAAAAAAUUUACACUGAUAUAAUGUGUUUUGUGUUAUUUAAUGUGACUGCGAUGAUAGGUAGUUUUAUUACAUCAUUCAUUCAAUGGCCGAAGAAACAAUGGCUUGUUGUUCCAGUUGUUCUACGUGUUUUAUAUAUUCCACUAUUUUUGUUGUGUAAUUAUAAACCAAGGCUUGUGGCUCGUACAUUACCAAUUUAUGUAAACAAUGAUUGGAUUUAUCUUGGAAUAGCAGCAACAAUGGGUUUGAGUAGUGGCUAUCUGUCCUCUCUUGGAAUGAUGUAUUGUCCUACAAUGGUAGAUUCUCGACAUGCAUCUACUGCUGGAAUGUUUGCUGCUGCAUUUCUCAUCACUGGAAUUUUCGUUGGAAUUCUUUUUGCAAUGGUUAUGCCCUCGAUAGUUUCCGCAAGUAUUUGGGAAUGAUAUUUCAUUUAAUACAAUAAAUUACCAUCGUGGAAGCGUUGAUUAAUUAAAAGAAUGAAUAAUUUACCAUAAUAAAAAUGUACGAUCCACGUGAGAUGUGUAACAUACAAACAAGAAAUAGUGUGAACAUCACAAACUUGUUCUAUUGAAGAUUAAUACUUCAUGUCAUAUCAGUUACAUAAUGACAUAAGUGCCGGUUAUCUGAUAUUUCUCUGUUAAUAACUCCGACGUUUAUUACUUCACGUUAAAUUAUCAUACUUUUAAAGAGAUAUUUCAAUUUAAAAAUUAAAAAAUAAAUUUCUAAAAUACAUCACAAUUUGAAAGUCUCAUAAAAAUUAUUAAUGCAUCUAAUACUGUUAAAAAUGGAUAAUAAUUAGUGAGUUUUGAGAAAUUUAUUUUUAUCUUUUAAAUUGUAAUUUUCUCUUGGAAAAAUAAGAUUGAUAAUGUAAUUAGCUCAGUAGAUCUUUAGUGCUCAAUUAUGAAGGGUUUGAAAAGGUUGAAAGCUGUCAUUUUAUGACAUGCUUACAAUCCAUUACCAAAAUGCCUUUUAAAUUAAAAUACCAUAUAAAUAGUUGAUGACAAAUGUAAGUUAACAAAGUAUUAGUCGCGUCGAUUUACUAUCUAAUGUAUGUAUCGCGUAUAUACAUGAACUCACCGUUCCAACAAACAUAAUGAAUACAUAAAUUGGACCAACCCGCCUUAAUUAUUAAAAUCUGACUACUCAUAUUUGUGUACAUUAUUUUAAAGCCGCUUAAAUUGAAGCACACGCUGCAAGAUAAUUGUAUGUAUAAUAAAAAAAAAAA